AUAUAUAUGUAUCCAUUCUUUCCUUUGCACAUUGUCUCAAUAUCUUUCUAGCGUUUGAUUAGAAAACAGAGGAGAUUACAGAGCAGAGAAAGAAGCUGUAGAAUCAUAAUGGUGUCAUUGAGGCUGCAGAAAAGGCUAGCAGCCAGUAUAUUGAAGUGUGGUGAGGGAAAAUUGUGGCUUGAUCCCAAUGAGACCAAUGAAAUCUCAAUGGCCAAUUCUAGGAUGAACAUAAGAAAGCUGAUAAAGGAUGGUUUCAUAAUCAGAAAACCAUGGAAAAUCCAUUCCAGAAGUGGGUCUAAGGCGGCGAAGGAAGCGAAAAUGAAAGGGAGACAUUCAGGCAAUGGGAAGAGGAAGGGAACAAGAGAAGCAAGGUUACCAUCAAAGCAGCGGUGGAUGAAGAAGAUGCGAGUUCUUCGGCGUCUGCUUCGCAAGUACAGAGAGCUUGAAAAGAUUGACAAGCACAUGUACAAUGAAAUGUACAUGAAAGUGAAAGGGAAUGUUUUCAAGAACAAACGUGUGCUCAUGGAGAGCAUUCACAAGUUGAAAGCUGAGAAAGCUAAGGACAGAGUACUUUUGGAUCAAUAUGAGGCUAGGAAAGAGAAGAUUUCAUUGAGGAAGACAGAAAGACUCAGCCAGGCUAUAUGUAUGUAUUAGAUAAAUAAAAUUCCUCUUUAGGGAGAAAGUUCUUGUAAGUAAUUUAAGUGAUUCAAUACUGAUAUGGUGUUUGUUUUUCCUGGUUUUGUCUGAUCUCAGGCAAGGUUUAGUGUUUUUCUAUUGCAUAAUGUGUAUUAGUUUUGAUGUACAUAAACUGAAUCGAGGAUACUCUAAUCGUAAAAUUCUUGUGUCAAUUAAGGUUAA